GAACCUCUUCAGCCUCCGUAGACAGUGGGUCGAAAGUGCCGAGCAAAAUGGAAGUGAAUCCCCCCAAACAGGAGCACCUGCUGGCCCUGAAAGGUUUGAGAGCCUCUCUCCAGAAUGGAAUAGAUAACGUGCUAAAUCACUCACUCUGUUAUAUACUGCUGCAAUCACCGGGCAGAUUUUAGCCGCAGAAGCUGACGUCCCCAGCCGAACCGGGGAGAGCCUAGUGAACCAAAAUGAUUUACAGCGGACAUCUAAAGUGGUUUUUCCUUCUGUCUCUUGUCUCUUCAUGUGGCACUGAGGCAGUUACCAGGCUUCUGCUUCGUCUGUAAGAUUAGUCUAGUAUCGCGCGACAACAGUGCCAAGGAUUUAGAAAUACACAGUACUACAACAUAUAAUUUAGUGAUGCGGUUGACUAAGCCUACUUUAUUCACCAAUAUUCCAGUAACAUGUGAAGAGAAAGACUUACCUGGAGAUCUCUUUAACCAACUCAUGAGAGAUGAUCCUUCAACUGUAAAUGGUGCAGAAAUAUUAAUGUUGGGAGAAAUGUUGACUUUACCACAGAAUUUCGGGAAUAUAUUUUUGGGAGAGACCUUUUCCAGUUAUAUCAGCGUUCAUAAUGAUAGCAAUCAAGUUGUAAAAGACAUAUUGGUAAAAGCUGAUCUUCAGACAAGUUCUCAGCGUUUAAAUCUUUCAGCCUCUAAUGCUGCAGUGGCUGAACUUAAACCUGAUUGUUGUAUUGACGAUGUCAUACACCACGAAGUAAAAGAAAUUGGAACACACAUCUUGGUGUGUGCAGUGAGUUAUACAACUCAGGGUGGAGAAAAAAUGUAUUUUAGAAAAUUCUUCAAGUUUCAGGUUCUCAAACCACUGGAUGUGAAAACCAAAUUUUACAAUGCAGAGAGUGACCUCAAUUCUGUGACUGAUGAAGUAUUUCUGGAAGCCCAGAUUCAGAAUAUUACAACCUCACCCAUGUUUAUGGAGAAAGUUUCAUUGGAGCCGUCUAUCAUGUAUAAUGUAGCAGAAUUAAAUUCAGUCAACCAAGCUGGAGAAUGUGUAACUACGUUUGGGUCAAGAGCAUAUUUGCAGCCAAUGGAUACACGCCAGUACUUGUACUGCCUAAAGCCCAAGAAGGAGUUUGCAGAAAAAGCAGGCAUCAUUAAAGGAGUAACAGUAAUUGGAAAAUUGGAUAUAGUGUGGAAAACAAAUCUAGGUGAAAGGGGAAGAUUACAGACCAGCCAACUUCAAAGAAUGGCUCCAGGUUAUGGAGAUGUUAGGUUGUCUUUGGAGGCAAUCCCAGAUACCGUAAACCUAGAAGAACCUUUUCAUAUUACCUGUAAAAUAACAAACUGCAGCAGUGAAAGGACUAUGGAUCUGGUUUUGGAAAUGUGCAAUACCAAUUCCAUCCACUGGUGUGGUAUUUCAGGAAGACAGCUUGGAAAGCUACAUCCAAGUUCCUCUCUCUGCCUUGCUCUUACUCUACUGUCUUCAGUCCAGGGACUGCAAAGCGUCUCCGGCUUAAGACUAACAGACACGUUCUUAAAGAGAACAUAUGAAUAUGAUGACAUCGCACAAGUCUGUGUGGUAUCUUCGGCCAUUAAAGUGGAAAGCUGAAGAAAAUUUCCAAUAUUAUGCUUUUCAUUGAAUUUCACAGAACUUUCUGUGUUUUUGUCACCUUUGUAAAAUGAUCAAGUCAACAGCAAAAAUAAGUAUAUGUUAUUUAAAUUUCUUUCCUGUAAAAGUUAAAAUAUUAAAUAUUUGUUUUCAAAAGAACUAUUUACUGAUUUUAUCUUGUGAAUUAUAUUCUAAAUGAACAUUUGUACAUUUUCUACACAUAUUAUCCUGUUUCAUUUCAUUUUAGAUGACCAUUGGACCUUGUUCUCCAAAGGCUCUAUAUUUGGGGCCAUUUGUCCCUAGCAAGUAUCUAGAACAGGGGACAGCAAACAUUAUAUGUAAAGGGCCAGAUAUUGAAUAUUGUAGGCUUUGCAGGCCAUAUGGUUUCUGUUGAAAUUACUCAACUCUGCUGUUGUAGUAUGAGAGCAGCCAGCAGGCUAAGAGCGCAGCGGUAUUUACAAAAACAGGCAGCUGGCCAGAUUUCGCCUGCAGGCCGUAGUUUGCUGCCCUCAAUCUAGAAGAUACAGCUGUUUCUUAGAACUUUAGAAUUCUUCUAAUACUUUAUUUAGAAAUAUUUCAGUUAAUCCCAGUUUUUUUCCUAGCUCCUCAGUCAACAGAAAAAGUUU